UUUCCAUAUAUAUCUCUGUUCUUGUCUAACUAAACCCUUUUUAAAGGCUGAAACUUUGUGGCAUUAGCCCUCACAAUCUUUGGGGACUGCAGCAAUGGCCAGUUGGGUUUUAUCAGAAUGUGGAUUAAGACCCCUCCCCAUAAUCAGAUUCUAUUCAAAAAUCAGACCUUCAAUUCCUUCAAACAUCAACAACAAUGGACUAAAGUUGAGAACUUUACCUGGUUCUUCUCCAUUGAAAUUCUCCACUUGGUUUAGAAGAAGAAGCUUUGUGGGUUCUUUGAAUGUGAGUGCUCCUUUGGAGGUUGAGACCAUUAACGGGGUUGAAGAAGAUGAUGGGAAAUUUGACCCUGCUGCGCCGCCUCCGUUCAACCUGGCCGACAUUCGAGCUGCUAUACCGAAGCAUUGUUGGGUUAAGAAUCCAUGGAGAUCCAUGAGUUAUGUUUUGAGAGAUGUUGUUGUUGUUUUUGGUUUGGCUGCUGUUGCUGCAUAUUUCAAUAACUGGCUUGUUUGGCCUAUUUAUUGGGUCGCUCAGGGAACCAUGUUCUGGGCUCUUUUUGUUCUUGGUCAUGACUGUGGACAUGGUAGUUUCUCCAACAACACGGCAUUGAACAGUGUUGCUGGUCAUCUUCUUCAUUCUUCAAUACUUGUCCCAUACCAUGGAUGGAGAAUUAGCCAUAGAACACAUCAUCAGAAUCAUGGACAUGCCAAGAAUGACGAAUCGUGGCAUCCGUUGUCUGAGAAAAUUUACCAGAGUUUAGAUAAUGCAACCAGAUUACUAAGGUUCACCUUGCCUUUCCCCAUGCUUGCUUAUCCAAUCUAUCUGUGGAGUCGAAGUCCCGGGAAGAAAGGUUCACAUUUUGAUCCGGAAAGCGAUUUGUUCGUCCCGAACGAAAGAACAGAUAUAAUUACCUCCACUGCUUGUUGGGCAGCAAUGGUUGGCUUGCUUGUGUAUUUAUCUUUUGCAAUGGGACCAAUUCAGUUGCUUAAGCUCUACGGAAUUCCUUACUGGAUAUUCGUCAUGUGGCUGGACUUGGUAACUUACCUACACCACCACGGCCAUGACGAGAAGCUUCCGUGGUACCGAGGAAAGGAAUGGAGUUAUUUGAGAGGAGGGCUUACGACGCUCGAUCGGGACUACGGAUGGAUCAACAACAUCCAUCACGAUAUCGGAACUCAUGUUACACAUCAUCUCUUCCCCCAAAUCCCACACUAUCACUUAACUGAAGCCACCGAAGCAGCAAAGCCGGUGCUUGGAAAAUACUACCGGGAGCCACAGAAAUCCAGUCCUUUCCCAUUUUAUUUAUUCGUGAUCCUCGUACGAAGCUUGAAAAAGGAUCACUAUGUGAGUGACAAAGGUGAUGUUGUGUUCUAUCAAACAGACCCUCAACUAUAUGGAGCUAACAAAUCAGAUUGAAAGCCCUGAACUUUUUUUUCUAGCCGAACUAGUUAAACCCAACAGAUUUCUUCCAGCUAAACCGCAAUUGCGGAAAUGUAAUACGGCAUGUCAACCGUCAUUCUUUCUCCCCCGGAUUGAAAAUUAGCCUGUGUUUGAUGUUGACAAUACCAAAAUCUGCAAUUUUCAGU